GCAACACAUCCUUCAUCUCCGACCAGUCCAGAUUGAAGGAGGACAGAGAGGCAAGCCGUGAAAGCGAACAGAUGUGAACCGGACUACGAAAAGAGCACAAGCUGUAGUUUCAAGACGGAGAACAUUUCCCUUCUGCUAAUAUGUGGCAACCCGCGUCGGAGCGACUGCAGCACUUUCAGACCAUGCUGAAGACCAAGCUAAAUGUGCUGACGCUGAGGAAGGAGCCGUUGCCCACGGUGAUCUUUCACGAGCCCGAGGCCAUUGAGCUCUGCUCCACCACACCGCUCACAAAGGGCAGGACCCAUGCUGGAUACAAGGUUGCCUACCUGGGUAAGGUGACUAUCUCCGGGACCCAGUUCCUGUCUGGCUGCACAGAGUCGGCGGUGGUGGGUCUGGUGGAGCGUCGUGCCCUCGCCCAGCAGCAGGGCAACUGCCCCGAAGGCAACUCUCUGCUAGAGAUCCGGCCAUUUCAGGUGCGUCUUCACCACCUGGACGAGCACAGCGAAGCCUCAGUAACCAUGGACACCUACCAGGUGGCACGGAUCGCCUACUGCACAGCCGACCACAGCAUCAGACCCAACGUAUUUGCCUGGAUCUACCGGGAGAUCAACGACGACCUGUCCUUCCAGAUGGACUGUCACGCCGUCGAGUGCGAGAGCAAGCUGGAGGCCAAGAAGCUGGCGCACUCGAUGAUGGAGGCUUUCCGCAAGACUUUCCACAGCAUGCGCAGCGACGGCCGCAUCCACAAGAGUGGCUCAUCAGACGACUUUGCUGAGGACUCGUCCACCCCUGAAGACUCGACCCCAGAUGACGGUUGAACUGAAACACACUUAAACUCCUGAUCCCCAUCCUGACAAAGCAAGGGGUGACUGGAAGGAUGGACAGAUACCUGCUCUCUCUCAUUCUGCCCUUACUCUCUCUUUCUGUUAUCAAUUUGGAACAAAAUUAACUGACCCUGUGAACCAACAUGCCCAGGAUAAUGAAGUAGCUUUUAAAUACUGUAAAGGAAAGGUAGAUGAAAAAGGAGUUAUAAAAGACCGACAUUGACAUACAGGGAUAGCAAAGUGCUGCCACUUUGAAUAAAUGGCCCUCAAAGACCCACAGGGGCCUCUCAAGCACCUCUGUAAGCGCCCUCAAGAGAUUGACUCGACAUUUCCAUCUCCAUUUUCAACCACUGUCACUCCUGCACUCAGCAGAGACUCUGUUUGUGGUUCUUAAGCUUUUUUUCCCACCCAGGAAACAACAAAGUUUAGUCCCUGUUCUUCAGACCCCAGCUAAUGACAACCUAUUGCUUCUCUUGCCAUGUAGGGACCCAGCAGAAAUAGGCCUGUGACCUAUUGCGGGUCCCUACCCAGAGUUUAUGAGACUGUUGGAGCACAUAAAUUCUUUAAAUGUUUAAUUAUGUGGAUCUCUGUUAUAAUGCCUUUGACCUUGGUAAUAGCAAAUCAGGAUGUGAAAGAAAAGCUAAGCCUUUAAGCACUAUUCAUAUCAUCACUAUGGUACCUUAGUCCAACCCCGAAAUUAUUUGCCGGCAUGGCUGUUAUUCACGUGGACGAUGGAGCCAGUGCUUCUGCUGCUGUCUCCAUUUAAUGGGUACUUAAAGAUACAGAGUACGCGUACGGCACCUGGGAGAAUAUAGGUGCUACAUAGAUGUUACAUUUUAGAAGUUCUCAAUGGGCUGAAAGCCUGGGCCUGUCUGUGACACCUUAAUCAUUCACUUCUGUUUUGAGUAUACCAAAAUUCAGGCUGGAUUUUGCCUGUCAGAUUAUGUGCCUCACUUUCCUCUCACAUUAGUUUGGUCUCUUACCCAGGUCCCUGUGUGUAUGUGUGGCCAUGUGUGCGUGCCGACCUUUUUUUGUUUCUGUGUGUUGGUGUAAUUGCUUACUUCUGUACUUUGUGUAUAUGAAUGUACACGUGAGUGCUUGCAUCUGUGUGUGAAAGAGAAAAGGUGAGGGAGGAGGAGGAGGAGGAUUAGGGGGAAGGGGAGGGGUUUUAACUGAUUAGCUGGAAGUGAAGACUUCUCAUCGCCCCGGAAGCAUCCAUUUUUGAUGCUUAAGGAGGCGUUUUAAAAUCAAGACAUGGUACUGUGACCAUUUGCCACGUUUUCUUACUUUUAUCUGGUAUGAAAUGAAAACACGAGAGUCUGAAUGUGCUAGUCGCUGAGGUUGUAGGACCCUGAAACACAGCCGUCCAAGAUAACGACUGACACCUCUUGGCCUCUGCUGAAUGUAUGAUGAGUCUCCGGUCGCACACCAUCUCCGGUCACUUCAGUCUCCCAUAAUCUAUUCAUGCUAUCACAGACAAGCUGUAAAGGACAGUCAGUGACCAGUUUCACUCUGCUCUGCUGCCCUGUAUCGAGGCACCGUCGUGGGGCAAAAACUCAUGAGAGCGCCACGCAACUUCUUCUUCUUCUUUUCUAACUUGACUGUAUUAAACAGACUGGACGCUAUCAGUGGAAAAAGUCUUUGGUCAGUGACUCAAACAGAUCAGGUGGCUCUGGUCAACACACACACACACAAAUAUAGAAACUUACAUACAAUUAUACAUAUGUACACACACAUUGUAUUUGAAUCUUGCUCAAUAAGCUUAUGUAAAUACAAAUGUAUCACUUUCCAAAUAUUACAGCAUAAAUGUUGAUAGCUAUUUUAAAUAAUAAAAAAAAUGUUAAGAACCAU